UAAUAUGUUCCUGCGUCACAUCCCUCCCUCCUUCUCGCGCAAACGGCGCUGGUGGUCCUCAAUCCUCAUUCAUAUCCAUGGCAACAGCCAGAAAACCAAAACUUGGAUCCCAAUUUCACUGUGCCAAAGGACAAAACUUGUCUCCACCUCCUACCCCACAUGCUCUUCCCAAAAAACAUAAAAGAAGUAAAGAUUCCACGCUAUCCCCAAUGCCCGUUUUUCUUUUCCCUGUCAUUUUCCUCCCCCUCACUUCCCUUCUCAUCACACUUUUCCUUUUCCAAUUUUCUUCCCUACCUACAACACUGUUAUGAUUACCACUUUUGGAUUCUCCUUGAUUUUCUUUCCUCUCUAUUUCCAUUCUCUUUUUGAAAUUUGAACACAAACUCCACACUUUGUUCACACAUUCAACUCUAUCACCUUUCUUCUUCACACAUAUAAAAAUUAGGUUUCCUUUUUCUUUCUUUCUUCCUUCACUCUCCCUAUUACUCUUUUUUAGUGUGAUAAUAAUAACAAAAAUAAAAAACAUACACGUUUUCCUUUAUUUUGAAAAUUCAAAUUUCUCUUUUGGUUCGAAGCUUAUGCUCUGUUUCCACCUUUUCAUGCUUUUGCACUCGGCGUGGAAACUAGGGUAGCCAUGUCGCCGGCGAUGACAACGACGGUGGAAGCUUCCGCCGUAGAUGAGGAGGAGCUCGAGUACUCGUUCGCCGUGGAGUACGAAGGAUCGCCGCCGGCUUACGAUCUUCCCCAGGCGGUGCCAUUAAGCAUCGACACUAUCCCGGUGGCUGCGGUGGUUGAGCAGGUUCCUGUCUCCGACGCACUGUCAUUGCCGGUUGCGCAACCGCUCUCCACGGCGGAGCUUCACUGCUUGAAAUUCCCCGCAGGCGACGACGGCGGUGGUUUAGUGAAAACGACGGUGUCUCCGACGUCGGUGAUCGCGUUUGAAGACGGAGCUGCGGAGAGCAACGGCGUGUGCGACUCGUCGGGCGAGUUGAGCAGCGAGUCUUCAGACAGUUCAGGGAGAAUCACAUUGCUGAGGGAUUCCAAUUGCGAGAAAGAGAGCUUGGAUUUCAACGGCUCCACACCGUUGAGUUCAUUCUAUCCAUCGUCUCGUGCUUCGAAUUCGAAGAACGACGAUGCGAAAUGCGAAACCGUUGCUGUGACUUUCAACGUGGAUUCCGAUGACGAACCGGUGAAGAGGGAAGCGGCGAGGAAGGGGAAGAAAGGAUCAUGCUACCGGUGCUUGAAGGGUAACCGUUUGACGGAGAAGGAGGCGUGUCUGGUUUGUGAUGCUAAGUAUUGUGGGAACUGUGUGCUGAGAGCGAUGGGUUCAAUGCCGGAGGGUAGAAAAUGUGUUGGGUGCAUUGGGUACCCAAUUGAUGAAUCCAAACGGUGUAGUUUGGGGAAAUGCUCUAGGUUGCUCAAGAGAUUGCUCAAUCACUUGGAGGUUAGACAAGUAAUGAAGGCUGAGAGGUUUUGUGAAGUGAAUCAGCUUCCUCCUCAGUGUGUUGUUGUCAAUGGAAGUCCGCUUUCGUUCGAGGAACUCGUCGCGUUGCAGAAUUGUGCUAAUCCGCCGAAGAGGCUAAAACCCGGGAACUAUUGGUAUGAUAAAGUAUCUGGUCUUUGGGGGAAGGAAGGACAGAAGCCUUGUAGAAUUAUUAGUCCCCAUUUGAAUGUUGGAGGUCCAAUCAACCCGGAUGCGAGUAACGGAAACACUCAGGUUUUCAUCAAUGGCCGGGAGAUAACAAGAGUUGAGCUUCGGAUGUUGCAGUUGGCAGGAGUGCAGUGUGCUGGUAACCCACAUUUUUGGGUCAAUGAGGAUGGUUCAUACCAAGAAGAAGGACAAAAAAAUACAAGAGGGUAUAUAUGGGGAAAGGCUGGAACAAAGCUUGUAUGUGCCUUAUUUUCCUUGCCAGUUCCUUCUAGACCUUCGACUUCCUGUGGGUUUCUAUCCUCCAAUCUGAUUACUAAAACAGUUCCUGACUACCUUGAGCAUGGAAUAGUUCAUAAGCUCCUCUUAGUUGGUUACACUGGGUCUGGAACAAGCACUAUUUUUAAGCAGAACUGUAAAUCCUUAUGUCAGACCAAGAUUCUUUACAAAAGUACACCCUUCUCAGAAGAUGAACGUGAAAAUAUUAAGUUGACCAUUCAGACCAAUGUCUAUGCCUAUAUUGGCAUGCUUCUUGAGGGUCGUGAGCGUUUUGAAGAAGAAAGUCUGGAGAAUUUAAAGAAAGGUCAAUCAUCUGCACUUGACACGACAGGUUACAAUUAUGGUGCAGGAACCAUUCCAAAACAUGGGGACAAGACAAUUUAUUCCAUUGGCACAAGACUAAAAGCAUUCUCUGAUUGGCUUCUGAAAACUAUGGUUUCGGGAAAGCUUGAUGCUAUCUUUCCUGCUGCUACUCGUGAAUAUGCUCCAUUAAUUGAGGAGUUAUGGGAUGAUGCAGCCAUUAAGGCCACAUAUGAAAGAAGAUAUGAAAUAGAAACGCUACCCAGUGUUGCCAGUUAUUUUUUAGAGCGGGCUGUUCAGAUAUUGAGUACUGACUAUGAACCCUCGGAUUUAGAUAUCCUCUAUGCUGAAGGAGUCACUUCAUCCAACGGUCUGGCUAGUGUAGAGUUUUCAUUUCCUCAAUCAGCUCCUGAGGAAACUGGCGAUACUGCUGAUCUACAUGAUUCUUUGGUUAGGUAUCAGCUAAUUACAAUACAUGCAAGAGGGCUAGGAGAAAAUUGCAAGUGGCUAGAAAUGUUUGAGGAUGCUGGAAUGGUCAUCUUCUGUGUAUCCUUGAGCGACUACAAUCAGUUUUCUAUUGAUGGAGAUGGUUGUCUCACAAACAAGAUGAUAUUGACCCGGAAGCUUUUUGAAACCAUUGUUACUCAUCCAACUUUUGAGCAAAUGGACUUCAUGUUGAUACUGAACAAACUAGACGAGUUUGAGGAGAAAAUAGAACAGAUUCCACUGACUCUGUGUGACUGGUUCUCUGAUUUUCAUCCAGUAAUUAGCCGUCACGGCCGUGGCAGCAACAACAACCCCUCCCUUGGUCAGCUGGCUUCGCACUACAUAGCAGUUAAGUUUAAGAGGCUCUAUUCAUCUCUCACAGGGAGAAACUUGUAUGUAUCUCUGGUAAAGGGGUUGGAGCCUGAUAGUGUUGAUGCAGCACUUAAAUAUGCAAAGGAGAUUUUGAAGUGGAAUGAAGAGAGACCAAACUUUAGCUUAAGUGAUAACUCUAUGUAUAGCAUUGAGCCGAGUUCAUUCUCUCUUUGAUUGCUAGUUCAGACAAGGUUGUAGUGAGUCAUACACAGCUCAUGACUUGGGUUCUGAUCAUGUACAUAUGUUGUCAACUAGAAGUAGAGACACGAGAGCAUAUUCUUGCUAAGGUGGUUAGCUCACCUCAGUCCUUAACCAUGAGGUUUCGGGGUGCAAUCAUUUUCAAUGGGAAUGGGUCACAUUUCGUGACCCGCUAUUCCCGCUUCGUUCGAGCGCUCACGACAAGGGAUUAGUUAAUACUGUUGAGUUGUAACUAUGCAUCCGACACUAUACCUUGGGCAUCAAGCUAGUAGGGUAGGUAGAGUGUUGGCAAAUGACAGACCGAUCAAAGCAUAAUGUUCAAAUUUCAUUUUUUUGGUAUGGUAAAGUAAUAUAUUGUUUGUCUUUCUCAA